CAAAUCAAGAACCACCCUCAGGCCGCGGCUACCCACUUCCACAUUCAAUUUUCACAAGAAUUUCCAUCUCUCUAUCGCAUUCUGCUCUUCUACUUCUCAAUCCCCAGAAGCUAAUGUCGAAACUGCGGAGUCCUGUGUCAAUCUGGGCCUCCAGCUCUUCUCCAAAGGACGGGUCAAAGAAGCUUUAGUCCAGUUUGAUGCAGCACUUAAUUUGGAUCCUAACCCAUUGGAGGCCCAAGCCGCAUUCUACAAUAAAGCAUGCUGUCAUGCCUAUCGUGGGGAAGGAAAGAAAGCUGCUGAUUGUCUGCGUGUUGCAUUAAGAGAAUAUAACCUCAAAUUUGGCACAAUUCUAAAUGAUCCUGACUUGGCCUCAUUCAGAGCUCUUCCUGAAUUCAAGGAAUUGCAAGAAGAGGCUAGGCUGGGUGGAGAGGAUAUAGGAUAUGGCUUUCGAAGAGAUCUUAAACUCAUUAGUGAAGUCCAAGCACCUUUUCGCGGGGUUAGGAAGUUCUUUUAUGUAGCACUAUCAGCAGCAGCCGGAAUUUCUUUGUUGUUUACUAUACCCCGGCUAUUUCGUGCUAUUCAAGGUGGUGAUGAAGCUCCUGAUGUUUGGGAGACUGCCGGAAAUUUAGCUGUUAAUAUGGGAGGUAUUAUUGUUCUUGUGGCAUUAUUCUUAUGGGACAACAAGAAAGAAGAGGAACAGCUUGCACAAAUAUCAAGAAAUGAAACACUAUCAAGGUUGCCUCUACGACUUUCCACCAAUCGGAUUGUUGAACUUGUACAGCUUCGAGAUACCGUAAGACCGGUCAUCUUAGCUGGUAAAAAGGAGACAGUUUCUUCAGCCAUCCAGAAAGCAGAAAGGUUCAGAACUGAGCUCCUUAGACGAGGUGUUCUCUUAGUUCCCGUCGUAUGGGGCGAAGGUAGGGAGCCCCAAAUAGAAAAGAGAGGGUUUGGGGCUCCAACCAAUGCAACUGCUGUUCUGCCAUCUAUUGGGGAAGACUUUGAGAAACGAGCUCAGUCUAUAACUGCAAAAUCGAAGUUGAAGGCUGAAAUUCGAUUCAGGGCCGAGGUUGUAUCACCUGCAGAAUGGGAAAGUUGGAUAAGGGACCAGCAGAAGUCUGAAGGGGUUACCCCUGGUGAGGAUGUCUACAUAAUAUUGCGACUGGAUGGUCGAGUUCGUAGAUCAGGGAGGGGAAUGCCUGACUGGCCAAAAAUUAUUGAAGAGCUGCCACCAAUGGAAGCUCUUCUAAGCAAGCUAGAAAGAUGAGGAAAAUGGACACGGUGUUCAUACACCUACAGAAAUGAUCAAUGGCAUCACUUUUGCUACUCGUUCGACUUCCACACCGACACCCAGAAGAUUAAAACUUUAGAAUAAAACAUUCUUUUUGUGUGCAUCUAAAUGACAACAUGGUUUUAGCUAGGUGUUUCUGUUAUCAUACUGUGAUCCAAACCUGAGACCACUCUGUUUUCAUUUCUUCAAUGUGCAAGAGAAGAUGGUCUUUUUGGGAAAUUCAAGUGAUUUCUUUUAGAUUAGAAUUCAUCA